CCACCGCCGAUUGGCCGCCACAGUGCACUGCGGCCCCGCAAUCUUCCCGCUCACUCACACCUCCGACUCCCCCAGAGAAGAGCGCCGUCCUGCCUAUAUAUCCCGCGCAUGCACCGGCGUCUCGGCUUAGGCUGCAGCUCCAUCGACCGACCGACGUCCGCGCCGCCGCCCGCAGAGACGCACCGACACGGAACGGCAUACCUGAGAGCGCCGUAGCGCGCGCCUCCGCCAGGCCGGGUCACCAUGAAGACCGGCGCCGGUGAUGCGGUCAAGUCGCCGGUGGCCGGGCUGCGGGCCGGGGCCAUCGUCAAGCUCAACGCCGCCUUCCUCGCCUUCUUCUUCCUCGUCUACAUGGCCCUCCUGCUCCACCCCAAGUACUCCCACAUCCUCGACCGCGGCGCCUCCUCCCUCGUCCGCUGCACCUUCCGCGACGCCUGCCCGUCCACGUCCCAGCUCUCACGGAAGGUAAGCCGGGAGGAAGAUCGGCGGCGUCGGCGAACAAGGUGGUGGCGACGGAGCGGAUCGUGAACGCGGGGCGCGCGCCGACCAUGUUCAACGAGCUGCGCGGCCGGCUGCGGAUGGGCCUGGUGAACAUCGGCCGGGACGAGCUGCUGGCGCUGGGCGUGGAGGGCGACGCGGUGGGCGUGGACUUCGACCGGGUGUCGGACGUGUUCCGGUGGUCGGACCUGUUCCCGGAGUGGAUCGACGAGGAGGAGGAGGACGGGGUCCCCUCCUGCCCGGAGAUCCCCAUGCCGGACUUCUCCCGGUACGACGACGUGGACGUGGUGGUGGCGGCGCUACCGUGCAACCGGACGGCCCGGGGGUGGAACCGCGACGUGUUCAGGCUGCAGGUGCACCUGGUGGCGGCGCAGAUGGCGGCGCGGAAGGGCCGGCGCGACGGUGCCGGCCGGGUGCGCGUGGUGCUGCGGAGCGAGUGCGAGCCGAUGAUGGACCUGUUCCGGUGCGACGAGGCCGCGGGGCGGGAGGGGGACUGGUGGAUGUACACCGUCGACGCGCCGCGCAUGGAGGAGAAGCUCCGGCUGCCCGUCGGCUCCUGCAACCUCGCGCUGCCGCUCUGGGGGCCAACAGGCAUCCACGAGGUGUUCAACGCGUCAGACCUGACGGUGGUGGACGCCGGCAGCCAGCGGCGCGAGGCGUACGCGACGGUUCUGCACUCGUCCGACCGAUACCUGUGCGGCGCCAUCGUGCUGGCGCAGAGCAUCCGGCGGUCGGGCUCCACCCGCGACAUGGUCCUCCUCCACGACCACACCGUCUCCAAGCCGGCCCUCCGCGCGCUGGUCGCCGCCGGCUGGAUCCCGCGCAGGAUCCGGCGCAUCCGCAACCCGCGCGCGGAGCGGGGCUCCUACAACGAGUACAACUACAGCAAGUUCCGGCUGUGGCAGCUGACGGAGUACUUCCGCGUCGUCUUCAUCGACGCCGACAUCCUCGUCCUCCGCUCCCUCGACGCACUCUUCCGCUUCCCGCAGAUCUCCGCCGUGGGCAACGACGGCUCCCUCUUCAACUCGGGGAUCAUGGUGCUCGAGCCGUCGGCGUGCACCUUCGAGGCGCUCGUCCGCGGGCGGCGCACCAUCCGGUCCUACAACGGCGGCGACCAGGGGUACCUGAACGAGGUGUUCGUGUGGUGGCACCGGCUGCCGCGCCGGGUGAACUACCUCAAGAACUUCUGGGCCAACACCACCGGGGAGCGCGCGCUCAAGGAGCGGCUGUUCAGGGCGGAGCCGGCGGAGGUGUGGUCCAUCCACUACCUCGGGCUCAAGCCCUGGCGGUGCUACAGGGACUACGACUGCAACUGGAACAUCGACGACCAGCGCGUGUACGCCAGCGACGAGGCGCACCGGCGGUGGUGGCAGGUGUACGACCAGAUGGGGGAGGUGAUGCGGGGGCCGUGCGCGCUGUCGGAGCGGAGGAAGGUCGAGAUCGCGUGGGACAGGCACGUCGCCCAGGAGAUCGGCUACGCCGACCAACACUGGAAGAUCAACAUCACCGACCCCAGGAAGUGGGAGUAGAGCACCACGCGAAGGCGGGUCUCCGUGGACACGAACGUGACUAGUCUAACUGGCCGCGCCGGAGCGGCGGCAGCAGCUGAUCGAGCUCGCGGCAUUUUGAGUUUCGGUUUCUCUACUAUUUUUUGUCCAUAUAAUACGUACGUAUACACAAGCAUGCAUGCAUGUGGUCAUUGCACAAACUUUGGUGGUUGAAUAAUGAGUAGUCAUUCAGUUGAGGAAA